CGGCGUGCUUGACUAGUGAAGAAGCUUUGAGUAUGCAGUCUAGAUAGAUGAUGAACCAAUGAAUCUCUGUGUCCUCAUGCGUUUGCUGGCGUGAAUUUCUCCAGAUAUUUUGCUUGCCCUGCGUGAUGAUACAACAGUUAGUUUCUAUUUUUAUCUUUCUACCUCUAGACCCAAGCACUCAAAAAGGCCGUACAACAAUCCCACAAAACAAUCAUCCACAGCGCAAAAAGUCCCAGCAAAAGUCCACCAACACCACCACCAUACUCCCGACCCUUCUAUCACGCAACAGCAACAGCAACAGCAACAGCAAGAACAAGAGCAGACAGAUUUCUACCACUAAACAAAAAGACUUUUUCCUACCCACCACCACGCACGCCGCAUUAAGUCCUCCGUAUUACGCCUUUUGAACCGUAGGAACCAAGAAGCACGCACCGCACAUACACCCAAGCCCAGAAAGCCAAACCAAGCCAAGCCAUCUCGCCCAACACCUACCUACAGACCUACAGAUGCCUUGAAGAGUCCCAGACAU